AUGGCCAACGCAGGUAUUCAGCUCCUGGGCUUCACACUGGCCUUCCUGGGCUUCAUCGGCUCGAUAGCAUCCACAGCCAUGGUGGAGUGGAAAGCUUCAUCCUACGCAGGAGACAACAUCAUCACAGCUCAGGCCCUGUAUGAAGGCCUGUGGAUGACCUGUGCAUCUCAGAGCACCGGACAGAUUCAGUGUAAAAAGUAUGAUUCACUCCUGCAACUACCAGGGAUUGUUCAGGGCACUCGUGGAUUGAUGCUCUGCUCCAUCUUGCUCUGCUUUAUUGCCAUCAUGGUGGCAACGGUGGGCAUGAGGUGCACCACCUGUAUGGCAGAUGUACCCCAGCAGAAGGACAAAGUGGCUCUGGCAGGAGGGAUCAUGUUCAUUAUUGCUGGUCUUCUUGCUUUGGUGGGAACCUCUUGGUACGGACACAGAAUAGCCCAAGACUUCUACGACCCGUUCACUCCUACUAACUCUAGGUUUGAGUUUGGAAGUGCUCUGUAUGUUGGAUGGGGAGCUGCCUGUCUCAUCAUCAUAGGAGGGUCCUUCCUCUGCUGCAACUGCUCCAGUCAGAGCUCAGGGAAAUCUCCACGCUACCCUCCGUCCCGCUCUGCAGGCCAACCUGGCAAGGACUACGUUUGAGGCAGUACUUCCACGUCUCUUCUCAUGGACAA